GUCUCAUGAAGUAUCCUUGUGGUCUCCUCCCUGAGGACAGAGGAUGCUUGUCUCAUGAAGUAUCCUUGUGGUCUCCUCCCUGAGGACAGAGGAUGCUUGUCUCAUGAAGUAUCCUUGUGUUCUCCUCGCUGUUGCAGAUGCCGGCCACCAGGGGGCGCUCCAUGUCCCACGGCGUCCCCGUGGUGGGGGUCUGCCUGGCCGCGCUGUUGCUCAGCAACGCCCUGCUCUACCUGUACCUGGAGUCCUUGUACCAGGCGGAGGAGCCGCUAGGCCCCGCCCCCCUCGGCUGUGGCCCUCGGAGCUUCAAGAUGGCGCCCAUGAGGAACUGCACCGCCUGGCUGCAGUGCGCCCAGGUCCAGCAGGAGGUCCGCCGGCUGAAGCUGAUUGGACAAGGAGCCGUGAAGAAGGUGUACCUGGCCGAGUGGCGGGGGCAGAAGGUGGCUCUGUCCCAGCUGUCCUCUCUGGAGUACCAAGAGGACUUCCUCCAUGGCCUGUCCAUGCUGCAGGCCCUGCAGGGGCCCCUGGUGGUGCAGCUGGUGGGGUUCUGCCUCCAAGACCACACCCAGGUCACGGAGCUCCACCCGCUCGGCCCCUUACUGAACCUGGACGCCGUCCUUGCUCAAGAGCGCCACCGGCAGCACGACGGCUGGCGGACGCGCCUGCUGCUGGCCGUGGACUACGUGUCCGUCCUCCGGUUCCUCCACGGCAGCCCGGCGGGCCGGAGGGUCAUGUGUGACUCCAGCAGCCUGGAGAAGACCCUGUCGCAGUUCCUGCUGACCACCGACUUCCACCUGGUGGUCAACGACCUGGACGCGCUGCCAGAGGUGGACCGGGCCAGAGGCCUGCUGGUGAAGUGUGGCCACCGGGAGCUCAGCGGGGACUUCGUGGCCCCGGAGCAGCGCUGGCCUCUCGGGGCCACCGGGGAGCCGUUCUCGGACCGGCUCAUGCCCGAGUACGACGAGACCACCGACAUCUGGAAGAUCCCCGACGUGACCCGGUUCCUCAUGGGGAGGGUCCCUGGAGGGGAUGUAGUCCACUUCCAUCUCUUUCAGAUCCAUGAGCAGUGUAAGAAGGAAGACCCCAAGCGCCGCCCCUCAGCCCUGGACGUACUGACGGUGUACCAAUCGGUGUACAGCAGCAUGGUGCGGGACAACGCUGGCCUGAGGGACAUGCUGUAGACCAAUCGGUGGCUGGAGAUCAAAACUCUGACUUGUGCAAUAAAAGGUUGAGCUUUACAA